GUCUGCAGCAGCAGGAGGAGGAGGAGGGGAAUAAAAACCUUCACCGGCGGUCUGCCGGAGGUGAUGGCAGAGACGCUUACAUGUGGGGAGGAAACAGCCGAGGAGCUCCGCUUCUUCUAGGAGGAGGAAGAAGAGGGAGACAAGUUUGAAGAAGGCUCGCGCUGAUCUGAGUUAUAUCUUCAGAAAGACUCAAAUAUGUGACCUUUUUUAGGUGGAAGAAACAAAACAAACAAACAAAAACUUGAAUAAUUUUUAAUAAAAAAAUAAAAAAAACAGCGGGAGAAGAUGAGGGAAGAGUCCGGCAGGAGGUGGAGGUCGGUCGGGUGUGAAUGGCUGAGGAACUCGUUGCUUCUGUGUUUGUUCACAGGAAGUACUGAAGCACACUGUGAAGGAUGUAUUGAGUACUGCUGUGAUGGGUCGCCACCUUUCUGCUGCUCCUACUACACCUAUGUGGGCGACGUCCUCUCGGGCACUGCCAUCUCCGGCAUCGUGUUCGGCGUGGUGUUUCUGAUGGGGGCGGUGGCGGCCCUGUUCCUGUGCGUCUGCAUGUGCAUGAAGAACGGACGUGGCGCACGGGUCGGCGUGUUCAGCACCUCCUACAUCAGCACUGUGACCCAGAGCUUUCCAGGUCCACCACCUCCAUACAGCUUGGAUUAUGAGAUGUACCCAUCGUCCAUACGCCCCCCACCCUACACCCCGACCCCACCGCAGCAGGGCAGCUACUCUCCACCACCUCCUUACCCCGGCUUCACCCAUAAGUGAACCCCCUUUUCUCAUUCUUUGGAUUAGGACCUGGAUAUCCAGCAUUUUUAAUUUUUUUUUUUUUUUGUGGUGGUUAAGCCAACACAAACUGUCUAAAACUUGAAGGCUGGCAGGAUAUUCUAUUCUGUGAUUAAAAACAUGGCUGCUGCUUUGAAGCACCGGUGGAGGGGAAUAUGGGUCAGGACUGGUACCAGACCAUGUCUGAAAGACUUAACUUUGCUGUUCUGACCCACCGUUCGGACUUCUGUUAUCCUUCGCCAUACUUGGUGUGCACAUCAAAGGGAUUGCCCUGCUUUGAUCAAGGUGAAAAACAGACCUUUUUUGGCACAACGGGAGGAAACCACACCUCACUGAAGAGGAAGAACGCUUUUUCUAUUUUCACAUUUUUUAUUUUAACUUGACAUUUGAGUCUUGAGGUUUCUGAUUUAUUUUAUUUUUAUUUUGUUUUAAAUGAGUUUGGUCUGGACAUAGUGUGUGCGUGUGUUUUAAAUAUUGGGGAUUUUAAAUAUGGGGUUUAUAAACCAAACUCUAUGCGAGAAGUCGCUGUGAAAAACCCUCAUGUGAAAAACACAAAAUUUGGACAAUGGCGUGCAAAAUGUGCUGUAUUUAUAAAACUGGGAGUCAAGACGCUGAUGCCCUCUGGCAUCCAUCAGGGGGGGGUGCUGAAGCACUCCCUGCACACCUACUUCCCACAGCAUUUGAACUGAUUCUAAACAAAAUUGAGUUUUUUAAUCUCACUGUGAACUUAUGUGAACUGUUUUUCUGUGUUGUAAAUUAAAAACGUUUUUUUUUUAAAGAA